AUGGAGAAAAUGGAAAAAGAAAAGAAGUUCGGUAGCGUGAAGCAUUUCACAAUCUCGGACAAAGAAAUUGAAGGAAUGGUGCCUCAGCUGCUGCACAGGCUGGUCAGCCUGACAGUGCAAUUGAACAUUCUGAUUACAGAGCAAAAUUGUCUCAAAUCAGAAAAAUCUAUCACCAGGAGUUGGAAAAAUACGACUGCUGCACAGGCUGGUCAGCCUGACAAUGCAAUUGAACAUUCUGAUUACAGAGCAAAAUUGUCUCAAAUCGGACAAAUCUAUUACCAGGAGUUGGAAAAAUACGAGCAGAAUGGUGCCUCAGCUGCUGCACAGGCUGGUCAGCCUGACAAUGCAAUUGAACAUUCUGAUUACAGAGCAAAAUUGUCUCAAAUCAGACAAAUCUAUCACCAGGAGUUGGAAAAAUACGAGCAGGCUUAUAAUGAAUUUACCACCGACGUGAUGAAUUUACUGAGAGAACAAUCACGAACAAAGGAAUUGAAAGAAUGGUACCGCAGCUGCUGCACAGGCUGGUCAGCCUGA